AUGGCCGACGAGACUAUGAUCGAAGCACCAGCUGUAGUUGUAGAUGCUGAUCCUGCAGUAACGGCCGCGCCUGACGUCAUCAUGAAUGAAGGGGAAGAAAAGAUAAAACUCGACAAAGCCGUCCGGCAGAUCGAGUUCUACUUUGCUGACUCCAAUCUGCCUUAUGAUAGGUUCAUGUGGACACUACACGCCAAAGAUGCCGAACACUGGAUACCUCUCGACAUCGUCACGUCUUUCAAACGGAUGCGCGAAUACGCUCCUCUGCUAGCUAAAAUACCAGAUGCCCUUCGAGCCAGUGAACUUCUUGAGGUGGAUGAGGCGGGAAAACAAGUUCGACGAAGGACGGAGCCCAAGGAACCAGUGGGGCAGUUCGAGCGUAGCGUGUAUGCCGAUUUGGUACUGAGGAAGAAAACUCGAAACUCCAAUCCCGUCCUGGAGGAUUUCUUCCAGUUCUACGGAAAUACGAACGAAGUGCGUAUGCGCAGGGAUGAGCACAAAAGAUUCAAAGGAUCUGUAUUUGUCGAGUUCACCGAGAUGAGCGGAGUCGAAACGUUCCUCAAUGCUGACCCCAAGCCAACGUGGGAAGGGAAGGAACUGGUGAUUAUGUCUAAGGAGGAUUAUUGCCAGAUGAAGGUGAAAGAAAAAGGCCUCACUGGAAAAGCUGCUCAGUUCCGCAAGGACCUCAUCACACGGCGGAAAUUCGACGCGUUCAAAAACAUGGAAAACGAGAAGAAGACGAACGAGGGAAAGAAGGAAGUGGAGAAGAAGGAUAUCUAUCUCGACAAGGGCGUCGGAACCGUGAAGGAGGAGGAAAUCCCCUUCGUUAAGGGCGCCUACAUUGAACAACCCAUCCGGGACCUUUUCGAAGGUCAGACCCCGUUCAUCAAGUAUCAACGUGGCGACAAUCACGGUCUCGAUAUCACCAAAGUAAAAGACGGUGUCAAAAAGCUGGAGGACCAGGAUCUGACCUUGGUCCACCUAUUGGCGGAAGAAGAGAAGGCUUUCCAAAUUGAACGUGCUCAGGUCGGCGGCUCGGGCAGUCCUUCGGAACACGGAGGAAGGCGGACCAAUCCGAGGAAGAGGGCGGGGUGGUGCAAGGGGCGGUCGAGGACGUGGUCGAGGACGUGGUGCAAGGAGUGGUCGGGGCGGCUUCAGCAGACGGGAGAGCGACUAGGAAGGAUGUGGGUAGGGGAAGACGGCCCGGAGCAAGCAGGGGAGAAACGAAAACGCGCUGUAGAACCUGACGGCGGGCCGGAUGUUGGAGUGCGCGGAGUCGGCGGCCCGCCCGCCGUCCAGAGCACCAAAAAGGUUAAGAUCGAAGGCGGAGAGGCGGAUUCUGCGCCAUAA